AUGGCCUGCAAACUCCCCGUUCUGCCUGUUCCCGACUUUGACGCGGUGGACGGGAUCCUCUUCGCUCCAGAACAGUAUGUCUAUGACCUGCCCGGCCCCAUGUCCAUCCUCUGUCUGUUCGUCAGGGCGCCGGCACUUGCGAUUCGGGCCUUCCGUUUGUUUGCUGUCGCUCGCAGGUGCAAUUGGGAAGACGAGGCUCGCUUGGCGUUGACCCCGACUCUUACCCAUCAUCUCCAUGACCGUCUCCUGUGUCCUGUCUUGGAGCGCCUGUCGACCAAUGCAUGA